AUCUGGCUGUCUGUGUCACCUCCAACCCAGUUUCAAACAAGCGCUAAUGUUUAGUUGGUAACUGAAAGUCAGCCUUGCUAUCAACCAAAACAUGUUCAUUUUGUACACAACAUUUGAUGUUGGAACGGUGGACAGGAGGGCUUUUCGCCGUUUCAGGUGGGUGGGGUUUUCUUCCAAAUUGGGAUGUUCUCUAUCUCCUUCUGCCAUUUCCCGUCUGGAGAAAAUUGAGGCUUUGCGAGGGAAAACAUGGACGAGGAUGGGUUACUCCCAAGGUCUACUCUUUUACCACCAAAGCCUCACAUGAUUGGUGAAGAUGACUUGAUACAGAGUGACUCUUCAGUUACCCCCAUGGUUGUUUUCAGCACCUUUGUUGCUGUCUGUGGUUCAUUUGGUUCUGGGUGUUCUUCAGGAUAUUCAUCCCCUGCUGAAUCCGGAAUCAUGGAAGACCUGGGCCUCUCUACUGCAGCAUACUCAGUGUUUGGUUCAAUACUUACAGUUGGAGGAAUCAUAGGUUCAUUAAUUAACGGGAAGGUGGCAGAUCUCAUUGGUCGAAGAGGUACUAUGUGGUUAUCUGAAUUAUUUUGCAUCAUUGGAUGGUUCUCGAUAGCAUUCUCCAAGGGUGCUUGGUCUCUUGAUCUUGGAAGACUCUCACUGGGAAUUGGAAUUGGUCUGAUUGCUUAUGUUGUACCAGUGUAUAUAGCAGAAAUAACACCCAAGAAUAUCAGAGGAAGUUUUACAUCAGUAUAUCAGUUCACGAUAUGUUGUGGCUUGUCACUGAUGUAUUUCCUUGGAACUGUUGUUUCCUGGCGCACCUUAGCCCUAAUUGGUGCUGUUCCAUCCAUAAUUCAAGUUUUUGCUUUAUUCUUUAUUCCAGAAUCACCUAGAUGGCUGGCUAAGAUUGGUCGAGAGAAGGAGCUAGAAGCUUCUCUACAGCAUCUAAGGGGAAGGAAUGCUGAUAUUUCUCAAGAAGCAGCAGAUAUCGAAAAUUACACAGAAAUAUUCCAAGGGACUUCAGAAGAUAGAUUUCUGGACUUGUUCCAAAAGAGAUAUGCCUAUUCACUUUGUGUUGGAGUAGGGCUGAUGGCGGUCCAAGAAUUAGGAGGCACAAAUGCCAUUUCUUUCUAUGCUAGCUCAAUAUUUGAAGCUGCUGGUUUUUCAAGUAAUAUUGGAACUAUAUCAAUGGCUAUCAUUCAGAUUCCAGCUACUGCUGUGUCAGUACUUGUAGCAGAUAAAUGUGGACGACGUCCUCUACUUAUGGUUUCUGCCACUGGAAUGUGCUUGAGUAGCUUCCUCGUUGGAUUAGCAUUUUGCCUGCAAAACAAGUUUACUUCUAUUCUGGUCUACAUUGGCAUACAGGGUUUUAGUGUUGCUUAUGGCCUAGGCAUGGCAGGCUUAGCAUCGGUUGUGAUGUCAGAGAUAUAUCCAAUAAACAUCAAGGGUUCAGCCGGAAGCCUAUCAACUUUAGUCAAAUGGUCAACGUCUUGGAUUGUGUCAUUCACCUUCAAUUUUAUGGCUGAAUGGAGCGAAGCAGGUACAUUUUUCAUAUACUCGGCAGUCUGCUGUCUUGGUGUUGUAUUUGUCGCAAAGCUAGUUCCAGAGACUAAAGGACGAACAUUAGAAGAAAUACAAGCAUCAGUUGCACAUUCUUAGCAAUAAGAUGUGUUAUGUGGAAAUCCCACGUUUGGAAAAUAAAGAGAGAAUUUGUGUGUUUAAAUAUAGUAUAUUUAUUUGA